AUGAAGGGCGGUGUGCGUUUCGCACUCUGCGCUUCAUUACUCCUAAUCUUCUCCUUGUACUUGUUGGAGGCACAUCUCAAAGAUAUCUUUAGCCAGUAUCGCGCCGGCGCAUACCUAAUUGAUUGGAUCAACCGAAAUGGAGCCGCUCAGCUUUCCACCGUCGGCAAUGUCCCCGUUCCAGGAGACAAGGUGAUUGUCAUGGCUAAGCUACAAGAAGAGCCUACCGACUGGGUACAAGAGCAGCUACCAGACUGGCAGCGUGCUAUCUACAUAGUCAACCCCUCUGAAGAUGCCCGUUCCGAUCCCCAAAUCCUCACGACACCUCUGAACAAAGGACACGAAUCUAUGGCCUACUUGACGUACGUAAUCGACCACUACGACGUUCUCCCAUCAAUGGUCGUCUUCCUCCAUGCCCACCGCGCGGGGUUCCUCAUGGCAUGGCACAACGACGCCCCACUCCACGACAACGUCAAUGCAAUGCGCAUGCUCCAGACCAACUUCGUCCAGGAAAACGGCUACGUUAAUCUCCGCUGCAAUUGGAACCCCGGCUGCAAGGAAAGCCACCGCUUCAAUCAGCAUGUCACCGAGCAGGUCUGGUGGGAUAUUUUCGAGGGAACGAGCACGCCGCCAUUGAACGCUUCGUCACCGUAUGAGCAGGAAUUUGCUGGGCAACGAUAUAUGCGCAAGCCGGAGCAGAUCGGUGCGGCGUGUUGUGCGCAGUUUGCGGUUUCGCGAGGCCAGGUGCUGAAGCGACCCCGUGAGGACUAUGUCAAGUUCCGGCAGUGGAUUAUCGAUACCGAAUUGAAUGAUGCCAUGUCAGGACGAGUGAUGGAGUUUUUGUGGCAUGUCAUUUUUGGCAUGGAAGCCGUUUACUGUCCCGAUGAGGAGCUUUGCUAUUGUCAGGUCUAUGGGAAAUGCUGA